GAAAUUCAGUGUGUUAGUUAAGUAGAAAUAUAUAACACCAAAAAAGAAAAAAAGACGUUUUUCAAUGUAUUUCAUACGGAUAAAAGUUAGAUUGGGGUCGACUAUAGCGCAUGCACACUACCGAAUACCACCAUCAUUGCCGCAUAUUGUACUCUAAAUUCGUAUAGGGAAUUGACAUUUUUACUGCAAUAGAAUGCGGCAUUCAAAGGUAUUGGACAAACAAACGACAUGAAAUUUUGGUGUCUCUUUUGAAAUUUAAAAAAACAAAAAACAAAUCAUUUUGGAAAAGAGACAAAAUGCUUCAGUCAAUAGUUGAUAGUAUUUUAAAGUGGGAAAUCACUCAAAUACUUCUCGUGCAGAAAGUAUUUGAACCGGUCGAAUCGUAUCUGGAACUAAUUAGCCAUGUUACAACCGCACGAUUUAUGCACACAUAUUUCUUUCCGUUCUUUUUGAUAAUGGGCACCGGCGUUAAACAGUAUGUAAAUAUAAUGACGGCAGCAAUAAUAUCGCACAUCAGUGUGAUUCUGUUGAAGUGGAUGUUGGCUGGAACACGACCUUACUGGUUUGUGAAUGAAUCCGACUUAUUUACAAAUUUAACGCGGCCAAAUAUUCGACAGACAUAUCUGACAUGCGAAACAACAGCAGGAAAUCCCAGCGGUCACGUUAUGUUCACAGCAUCGAUUUUAUUUUUUGUCAUUCGUACGAUAUUUUAUCAGUCGCCAUGGUUUCGACGCUAUUUGAAUAAACCGUUUAAAUAUUUCUUAUGGAAUGUAUACGUUGGCGUUUUAGGAUUCAUAUCAAUAUCGCGAAUGUUUUUCGCGUGUCAUUUUUUCCAUCAAUGUGUUUUGGGCAGUUGUUUUGGCAUUAUAAUCAGUCAAUUUCUUCAACAUCGAAAAGUCAAUCGACUCUUAAUGGAAAUGCAUCGUGGAAUGGCAUUACUUUUCGGAAUAGCUGUACUAAGUCUUUGCAUUACCGUUUAUUAUGCACAUUAUAUACUUGCACAUGAUCCACAAUGGGCAGUGAAAAAGGCAUUCAAUUGGUGUAAAGACCCGUAUUACAUAAAACCUGAAACGACGCCAAUUUAUUCAUUGGCCCGUGAAUUUGGACUCAUGUUUGGUCUAAUACUCUGUUCACCACAAUCGAAAAGGUUCAACAUUCAAAUGGAUGUUAAGUGGAGUUUGCCAUCUGUUUUUAUCAUCACAUGCCUCAAUAAAUAUAUUCUCAGCCAAAUACCACGAUGGAAUGGUGCUAUUAUUUUCUACUCAGCUACAUUUGCAACCAAUUUGGCAUUUAUCGUAGUUCUAUUGAAUAUCGUUCCUUUAAUCGCUCGAAAACGUAAAAUUAAAGUUUAA